AUGGUAUCACUCGAUGGCCCAGUUCGGCGCCAAAGCCGCGCCAUGGUUGCUUUGGUCGUGUACAUUUCUCUGUUUCUCGAUAACAUGCUGUUAACGGUGAUUGUUCCCAUUCUGCCGGACUAUCUCGUGCAGUUCCAUGCCAACGUACCGGAAAGCGUUCUCUACAAGAACUUUAGCCUCCAUUACGUGCCAUCGCUGAUUGGGGCCGGUAGUGGAGCGGCCAUUGAUCAACCGUUACAGUCCGAUAUCGGACGGUCUCCAGCGAUCGAGGAAGAGAACGGUUCCAUCGGUAUCCUGCUCGGGGUGAAGGCUUUGGUGCAGCUGGUCGCAAACCCGAUCGUUGGCAGUGGCACCGGGCGGUACGGGUUCUGUCUUCCGAUCGCUUUCGGAACGGUUAACCUGUUGGUGGCUUCGUUGAUUUUUGGUUUCGGUACGUCCUACGGAUCCCUGUUUGUGGCACGAGCCAUCCACGGGGUCGGAUCGGCCUGCAUCGGGGUCUGCGGGAUGAGUCUUGUCGCCCAGCUGUACCCCGAACCGGAUCGGCGGUCCCGUGUGAUGGGCACCAUCUUGGGUGCGAUGGCCGUUGGUGUGCUCGUCGGGUAUCCGUUCGGUGGAAUUGCGUACGAGGUGGCGGGUAAAGCGGCACCAUUCCACGUGCUCGCCCUGCUCUGUUUGGGCAAUCUGGCGCUGCAGUACUGGCAGCUGGAAUUUGGUGUGAUACGAGUGAUGAAUCCCGCACCGCGCGACACAUCGACGACGGGUACGGAGGAACGGUGGCUCACUUGGUGGCCCCUGCUGACCGAUCGGCUUGUGCUCGUCAUCGUGGGAGCGAUCUGGAUUUCGACCUCGGCCAUGGCUGCGCUGGAACCGUGUCUACCGAUCUGGAUGAUAUCGCAUCUGCAUCCGAAAAAAUGGCAACUAGGCACGGUGUUUAUACCCGAUUCCAUCGGAUACUGGGUCGGGACGAACUGCUUCGGUACCGUCGCUUAUCGCUACGGGCAGGUACGGGUUGCAAUCGCCGCCCUAGUGCUCGUUGGCAUCUCCUGUGUGCUGCUGCCAUCGGCUAGCAACGUGGCCGGUCUGUUGUUUCCACAUUUAGGACUUGGGCUGGGCAUUGGAGUAGUGGAUGCCGCAUUGGUGCCCCUGCUGGCCACGUUAGUCGACAAUCAGCUAGCAGCGCGGAUGGAGUACGAUCUCGAGCUAAGCCCCGACGAGGAGAGCGGUCGCCAUGGAUACGGUGCCGUGUAUGCCAUACAGCAGAUAGCGGUCAGUGUAGCGUACUCGCUGGCUCCCAUCAUUGGCGGCGAGUUGGUUCCGGUCAUUGGCUUCCCAUUCGUCCUACGUGCCCUUGGUAUACUGAAUCUGCUCUACGUACCGCUGUUGGUGUGCUCUGGAUUUCGACGGUCGUUAAUCAACUCGUUGCUUACUACGACGACGAAGCAAACCGAUCUGCCCCUUGCCAAUAGUGAACCAUCUUCCUACCGGCGGUUCUACAAUACCGUGGAAUAAGUGUGCCAGGGUCGUGGGUUUUUGGACAGGCUCAAACUCAAUCGAGUGAAUAAUCACAUUAUCCUUAUCUGUUAAAAACCAGACGCCAUCCAUGUCCUUUUUCCCCGUUACCACUACCAAGCAUAGACCAUUCAUCUCAGACACAUAAGGGACCAAGAGGGGGCGCGAUAAACCACCAGAAAUUCGCUUUUGGGUUUUAUAAAAUAAACACAACUACCAGGGACUAUGCGGACUUUUGUAGCACAUAUAUUAUAGGUACUGCGCCACCACACUUAUUUAAUCACUUGCGUGCGAGUGUUUUUUUCGAUUAGAGAGACACUAAUAAGAG